UGCAAUCUUUGGCAAACGUUAUGCCAGCAGAGCAGCAGGACGAUGGCGCUCCGGCGGGCUUGAGCUGCAGCGAGCGACGCUUCUUCGAAGAGCGCGAGCAAGUGCGCGAGCUGCUACAGAAGCUGGCGCAGACGCGGCUCCCGACGCCACAGAGCGACGUGGACCGCGAGUUCCUGGCAGCCCACUCGACCGUCUCGCAGAUCGUACGCUCCUGCUGGUUCUUUCUCCUCACUACGUACGACGCAAUUUCACCUCUAAUCGUCCUCUGAUCAUAGCUGGACAGAUAUUUAGAGCAGUCACAUCUACUGGACCCUUAUCUACGCGAAAUGCUGCACCCGUUAGUGACGGAAAUUAAGAGGGUGAUGGCCGAGAGGACCCAAACAGCCGAGACUGAAGAUGCGGUGGCCUUCCCGUGUCAAGUAUACCGAGAUCCGAGACUGCACAAACUGUUCCAGAUCGUAUAUCAACUUUGCAAGGUCCGCGGCUACAAGACCAUAGUCAAGCUGCUACCCCACGAGGUGAGCGACUUUGAGCCGACGCUACAGUUGCUGCAGUCACAAGAUCGUACUGAUCACUCGGCGUGGGAGACACGCUACGUGUUGCUGCUGUGGCUCUCGAUGUUGUGCCUCGUACCUUUUGACUUGAAUACCAUCGACUCGUCCUCUCCCGGUGCCAUUGAACAUGGCAAUGGGACCAUCUCUCUCGUCUCCAAUAUCGUUACGCUCUGUAAGGAUUAUCUCAGUGAUCCAGGGGCUACACAGGUUGCGGCUGCAGUGUGUUUGUCGCGGCUAUUGAGUCGACCAGACAUGGAGCAGCUUUACUUAACCCAAUUCCUCAAUUGGGCAAACCGAGAGCUCAUCACUGCAGUUGAAGGAAGCGAUACGCGCGUGCUGCAGUUCAAAGUGACAGGAAUCAUGCUCUGUUUGGCUCAUAUCGCCAAGAACUCGCCGCGUGAACAGCAUAUCGAAGCCAGUCGUAUCUAUUUCGCCACUGUUAUGAAGCUGGUGGCGCAUCUUACAGAGAACAACUCACGAUCGGACCGUCCAAGCAGCAGCACAUUGCAUCGCAAGCUCAGUGUGAAGCUGGUACAACGCUUAGGACUGCUGUAUUUGCCUCCGAAGGUUCGAUCGUGGCGCUACAGUAGAGGGUUGCGCUCUCUGGAACUCAAUAUGCAGUCCUUAGGACUGGCCACUAGCAGCAUCGUCACGUCUACUCCAAGUCUUCCGCAAGAUUCUAAUGAUGACGACGAUGAUGAUGCGUUCGAAGUGGUGGAAGAACUGGAGCAGAUAGUUGAAGCGCUGUUGUGCGGAUUGCGAGAUAAAGACACAGUUGUGCGAUGGUCGGCUGCAAAAGGAAUCGGUCGGAUCACUGGACGUUUGCCAUAUGAAUUCGCCGAUGAUAUAGUCCAGUCAGUGCUCGAACUAUUCGUGGCGACGGAAGAUGACGGAGCUUGGCACGGGGCGAGCUUGGCGCUAGCAGAACUUGCUCGCCGUGGUGUCUUACUGCCGCAACGUCUUCCUGACGCAGUGGAUUGUGUGGCUAAUGCUUUGAAGUACGACAUUCGGAAGGGCACGUACAGUAUUGGUUCUCACGUACGAGAUGCUGCCUGCUAUGCAUGCUGGUCUUUUGCGCGUGCAUAUGAACCUUCACUGCUUUUACCCUGGUUAAAACAAGUUCUGGCCCCAGCGAUGUUGGUGAAUUGCGUGUUUGAUCGUGAACUGAAUUGCCGUCGAGCUGCAUCGGCUGCAUUCCAAGAGAACGUGGGGCGCCAAGGACGGACAAAUUUCCCUAAUGGCAUCGACUUGCUUACAAAAGCCGACUAUUUUUCGGUGGCGAAUUUACGUCAUGCCUAUUUGGAUGUCAGCGUGUUUGUUGCAAAGUAUCCAGAAUAUCGUUACGCACUGCUGGAUCAUCUUAUUGACGCCAAGAUUGUUCACUGGGAUGCUCAAAUUCGCACUCUUGCGGCUGAUGCAUUGGGUAAAAUAGCCGCGUUGGACCCACCUCACGCCAUGACACGGAUGUUCCCACGACUUGUGGCAUUCGCUCUGUCACCUGAUGCCGAGGUGAUCACUCGACAUGGUGCUGUGAUCAGUAUCGCCGAGUUACUCACGAGUCUAGCGCACGUUCCGGUUUAUAUUGAGGGAGAGCUACAAAAGAAGGUCAAGAUGUUACCUAUCGAGAUCGAAAAGAGGCGUUUGUUCCGUGGCCGUGGCGGAGAGAUGAUUCGAACUGCUGUUUGCAAUGUGAUCGAAGUGAUAUCGAACUCUCGACUGAGUUUGGGCUUCACUCAUGUCAAGAACUACUUAUCCAUACUGGAAGAAUGCUUUGUUCACCCGAAUGAAACUGUACGCGAUGCGGCUAUCGAUGCCUUCGGGGCUUUCACGUCUCAAUAUUGCCACAAGAUAUUUGAGAAGGGCAGUCCAGUUCAUGUGAAAUACAUGCAGGAAAUAGUCCCGCGUUACCUCAACUCUGGUAUUAUGGUAGCUUUCAAGGAGAACGGUGUUUCUGUCCAAGUUCCGAACCCGAAUGUGGCCGCAAGGCGAGGAUUUCUACGUGCUGUGGGCGUUGCUGCGAAGGAGCUCAUUCAACCGUGCAUAAAGGAAGUCUUGGCUGCUGUCAUUCAGUCUACAUCGCUUCAAGAGCGUCCAACUGAAGACGAAGAUCCCGGAAGUCGAGUCGCGGCUGUGCAAGCGCUAGUUGACCUAAGUUCUAGACCCCCAGGUGAGCUUGAUCUUAAAGGUAUGGAAGACUCUAUAGUCCAGACACUCGUCCACUGUAUCCAUCAAGAUUAUCGUCUCGAUGAGCGUGGAGAUGUCGGUUCCUGGGUUCGUAAAGAAGCGAUGCUGGGUCUCGAGAAGCUGCUUCUUGGUGAAAGCACACACGCGCAAAACCAACACUUUCGCUUGAUUGGCGCCACUACACAAACAGCCUAUGGCCAAGGUACCAUUACUGACGCAUUAUCUGACCGGAAGCGCAAGAUCGAAGAAAUCAACGGUGAAUCCACGACUGACCCGUUAUGCUACGUCAAGUUCGAUAAAUCAGCACUGGGAUAUUACUACUUUAGCCCAACAGGAGUGGGGCUUAUUCAUGCGAAGAAAUUGGUGAAAGCAGUUGCUAAAGUUCAAAGUGACAAGGAGUUUAAAAUUCCUGACUUUGAAACGCGCAUGAAGCUUACAGAACAGCAAACAACUUCGAGUUCAGAUGCUGCCAUGCCGUUUGCACGACAGUUGUCUCCAGACCUUGUCAGCACAAUUUUCGGGGCUCUGGCGAAGCAAUUGGCAGAAAAACUGGACAGCAUGAGGAUGACGGCUGGAAGUAUUUUAUUCCGACUGCUACAUUCAACCAAUCCUCGCGUUGAUGGAAUUCCAGACCGUUUUCAGCUCGAGAAGAUCUUCUCGUCGACACUUGUGGUGAAUUGGUCGAUGGCUCAUGAUACUUUCCCGUUGGUUGUGAAGAUGUUGGACAUCCCAGAACUGAUGGAGGAAGUUGCCGCGGGUCUUGUCAUCAGUGUGGGUGGUCUCACUGAAAGUGUGGUGAAGGCUUCCAAGGGAGCUCUAUUCGAGUGGGUGCGUGCACACUUACAAGCAACAAACUUCGGCCUGCUCACUCGAUUCAGCUUUUUUCUGGUGACUUUACUGACGCGACAUCAUCAGGAUGACCGCGUUACGAUUCCUCUCAUGAAGACGAUGGCGUUGCUGUUGGAGUCGAAUCUGCUUCGCUUUUUGUUCGAGAAGCGUCAAGCAGAAGACGGCAGUGAUACAAACAUUACAGACUUUGGAGAACGUUUGUACUCAGCGUUGCGUGACGAAAUCCAAAAAUGCACUGCAGUUCCAAAGCUAAGCGCUGCGAUAAGUGUGCUGAUUGGUUUACUUCCAAGCGACCCCGAGACAGAAUCAAAGACGUUGCGUGCGCUGGUGCUUUUCCUGGGGCACAAAUUCCCCAAAGUUAGGAAACUGACUGCAGAGAAACUUUACACGCGAUUUCUCCUUCACGACGCGAUUAUCGACGAGGAAAAGUACGACACGGUGGUCGAGAUUUUGAGCGAUACAGCAUGGGACGCUUCGAUUUCUCAGGUGCGCUCUGCUCGGAACGAGUUGCUAGAACUCUUUGGCAUGGAGCUACCCUCGAAGAAGAUGCCUGACCCCGCUAAGUCCAAGUCAGAGCCUUCACAAGAUGGUGCAGGUUACAAAAACCUCAUCAAGGAAAUGGGCUAUUAGCAAGUUUUAUCCGCGCAAAAAGAGCAUUCGCAUACUUCAAAGUACGUUGCAGUAUCCCCAAGUGUCAAUCUAUCCCCUAGGUCUCGAAUUCGUGCUUGUCAUCGCCAAUGGUUGUGGUCUCGUACGUCACUUUAACUCGACCACCAGUUGCACCUUCACUGAGGUAGAUGAAGACAUUCAUCAUAAACCACGUGAACACAGGACUCCACGACUUCUUUUCCAAUGGUUUGAUCGCCCCC